CCUUAGAUGCAGUCACUCUCAUACUCUCAAUUCUCAGCUACAACAGUCGAGCCCGGAAUCCAUUCUCACUGCAGCUCGAUCCGACAAAAUGACGAGGUCACAGCUGAAGAUGCUUCCACUCAAUCUCGUGGCUCUCAUUAGCCUGAUGGCCUGGAGUGCAGCUGCCUCAACACCAUCUCACUCAUCAUCCAGUGAAACCUCGACGCCGUCGGCGUCACCAUCAGCCGACGUCGAGCUAAUCUGCCACACCGACAAUCCUGCUGAAUGCUACCCAAAGAUCUUCCAAGCAACCGACGAAUUCCAAGUGGUCCACGACGAUCAGGACCUUCCUCUCGGUCUCCACGUCAGGUUGAAUGUCUACACCGGGAAGAAGGAAGCCAAGAUCAACGUGCCGGACGAGAACGACGUAGCAUUGGAAGGCUUGCCGGUGGACUCAUCCGUGGUCAUCGUCGAGCGAGACCAAUCUGGACAAGGGGGGGAAGCAAGUGAUCAAGUCAGGCUCUCGCCCAACGCUCCCCCCUACGACCCGGCAGGCAAAAUCAAAACACCCGAGUCGGCCAAGUCGGACGAGGGCAGCGCAUUCUACAAGUCCCUAGCCAUCCUGAAGAAGGGCCUGGACGUCGACGGGGCGUUGGAAAUGCUCGAAGACAUCUCCCACGACAUCUACUACGGCCUCAAGAUAGCGGAGGACUACGAAACCGUCCGCGAGCUGUUCUGCCUGGCCGCGUCGGAGUCUUCUUCGGCAGCAGGCGACGCACACACUUCCCUCACUCGCGCCCGUCUCGCAGCCCUCACGUUGUCCUCAGCCGUUCAAAACAAUCCGAAAGCGCUCGCCGAAAUCGAGCGGCAUUGGACAACAAAGCUCUCAUCCUCGCUUUGCCGGUCCGACUCAACCGAGCCCCUAGGAACCACCACUUUUGUCCUGCUUGCCCCGUCAUUAUCAUCACCGUCGUCGUCGUCGUCGUCGUCAGCCUCUGCGACGGCAGACACGGACCCCGCGCUGACCAAAGCCCGCAUCUCCCUCCUGAGCGGUCUUCUCCGCUCCCCGAUUUUGCGACGGGACUUCCUCGCCUCGGGCGGCCCGUCCCAUCUACUGCGCAUCCUCAUCGCUCGGAACCGGCAGCCUGAGUGGUUGUUGGCGCAGCGAUCGGCUGCCUUCCUCUUGCUGGACAACUUCCUCGACCCCGACAUGGGCGCCACGAUGGGUGAGUGGCCCACUCAGGCUCAGUUGCCAAAAGAAGAGUGUGCUGCACGGGAAGACAAGCAGCAGGGGAAAGAUGGUGAGGAAGGAGAAUGCUUGGAUUGGCAUGUCGAGCAAUUACGGUCGAGACAUGCAGCUAUCGACCAUUGGAGCCACGAGCUGUGGUCGAAGUUGGCCAAGUACAGGAAGGCUGAAGCAGCUGGGCAAGCGCGGACUGAUACUGUUCGAGAGAAGACGGAUUUGUGAUUGAGAUGCCCAUGUUUUGUUUUCUAUUUAGAAGGUCAUCUAUACCCUUGUACUACCUAGCUAGAAACGAUGUAUACCGUCUGAGCAGAGGCUUAUGAUGAGACUGUAGCUGCUGGGUCACCGCAUCGUAACACAUACCUUCCAC